AAUUGAUUUUGCAAGUGUUGCUUGCUUUACUUACAGCUAUGGCGAUAAAAUCCAAUAAUAUGUAUCAAGAGUACUCUGACAGAACAAUGGUUCUUGUAUUGGACAUGACAAUUUAAGUAGCUGAGGAACAAAUGAUUCAUCUAAUGUGCCGCCAAGAAAAGCAUACAUUGAACGCUUCAAUCAUACUCAAUCAUUUGCUUAUCAAAAUAAAGCGUCUUAACAGGUUUGGAUAUACAUUUGAUGCAAACAAAUUAAAAGUUGAUAACAAACAAAUGUGAUCUACUUGGAAUAAGAACCAGGAUGGCGGCAAUGUGAUGUGAGGUUGGGAAUUUACACGAAAUGUUGGCGGCCUAAACACGUCGGAAACUUUUCUUCCUUACGCGAUGUGAUAUAUUGUGAAACAAAAAUGCAUUAGAUAAAAAUAAAACAUCUUGAGCAUAUCAAGCACGGAUUUAGCAACACUUUAUUUCAAACAGGAUAUGAAGCUGUUACUUUUUUGUCGUUCCUUACUUAUCAAGAAUUGACACUGGGACUUUACGCAUAAUAAUGAUUGAAUGCAUUGAAUUGAUUUAUAAUGUUUACCAAGACUGUAAACAAAUUGUAUAAGAAGUUAAACUCUACAUUUUCCGACACCUUACAUGGCAUAACUCAACAACACGCCGCAGCUACUGUUGAUGUGACCAAUCAAACACCGAGAUUCUCGCUUGACAACAGGCGCACAAGCACCUUUACAACGCAGAGUGGAUUUGAUCCCUAUCUUUUACAUCCUACAUCCUUAACUACAUCACGAAAUAUAACACACUCCACAAUGACUCGCAACAUUGUUUCAGCCUUCACGGUAAACGGUGGCGAAGCCUUUGACAAACCCCAUCACACAACAAUGGUCGCAGUUUUACUCGGAAUUUUUACAAUUAUAAGCAUUACCAUGGCGGUGUCUGUUUUAGUGUUCUGUAGGAAAAAGAAUUCGGUAUUUAUGUUACAGAAAUGUGACCAGGAUUCCGAUAUAGAUUUAGAAAUGAAUGAUAUGAAUACUGAAGUUGAAACAUCUGAUUCGGAAUAUGAAUUCAUUGAAUCAACAUCUCCACAACAUGCAACUAGGAGAUCACAAACAUGUCCAAAUCUAUCAACAUACAAUGCCGAUAAAGAGGGUAGCUGUCAACCAAAGAAUUCAGAGAAAUACAAUAGGUGUUCUUUGAAUAAAAGUAGAAAUCAAUUGAAAGGUUCACCAACAUUAACUCCACUGCUGAUUUCAUCAAGUGCUCAUAAUGACAAAACUGAAAGUCAACUUUCGCAAAGUUUCUCAUCAAAGUGUACAAAUAAUAAAGGUGCUGCUACAUUAAAAAUAUCAGGGGCUAUGUGCAACAGAAAUAGAAAAGACAAGUACGAACGAAGUAGUAGUAAAGAUAUCAAAGACGAGAGUGAAAGAGACACGUUUCUAAUCAGGGAUGGUUCUAACAAGCCAAAGAAGUUAAAAAUGAAGAAACAUUCCACCAUAAGACAACAAAAUUCCAAAAGAAAUAAAAUCUUAGAACAUAAAACACUUGACAUAAAUGAAACAAAUUCUGAUUACAAUUCUAAAAGAACAAUUAGGGAUCAACCAUUUUGUGAACGUAGAAAAGAAGUUAGUAACAAUGAAUGCUAUCAGUUGAAUACAAGCAUUUUAAAAAUGGAAUCUGUUGAAGAUGAUGAUAUAGUGUAUGUUUCUGAUGGAGAGGUUCAUCUUCUAGACAAUUUAAAUGGUAAACUGGAAAUUUUAUGAAUGAACGCAUAAAAUCUUAUCCGUCACUAACUUAAAUGGAAUUACAUCUUUUUGACUUUAUUCACUUUUCUAUUUUUAAGUUAUCAGUUAUUUAAAAACAAUUUGUUACGCAAUAUAAUUUCAAAUAUAACAAAAAACAACAACAUUAUAUUUAGGAUACACAAAAUAGAGAAGAUCGCAGAGUCAUUAAACUUAAUUUGGUUUCAAAAUAUUUCAUAAAACAAUAUUUAAUAAAUGACAACCUUUUUU